AUGAGCUCCGAUGCAGAAAUGGCCAUUUUUGGAGAAGCAGCUCCCUACCUGCGGAAGCCAGAGAAGGAGAGAAUCGAGGCACAAAACCGCCCAUUUGAUUCUAAGAAAGCCUGCUUUGCAGUGGAUGAUAAGGAAAUGUACGUGAAAGGUAUGAUCCAGAGCAGGGAGAAUGACAAAGUCACAGUCAAGACCCUGGAUGACCAGACACUCACUCUCAACAGUGACCAGGUGUUCCCCAUGAACCCUCCCAAAUUUGACAAGAUCGAGGACAUGGCCAUGAUGACCCAUCUGCACGAGCCUGGAGUGCUGUACAACCUCAAAGAGCGUUACGCAGCCUGGAUGAUCUACACCUACUCGGGCCUCUUCUGUGUCACCGUGAACCCCUACAAGUGGCUGCCGGUGUACAACCCCGAGGUGGUGGAAGGCUACCGAGGCAAGAAGCGCCAGGAGGCCCCGCCCCACAUCUUCUCCAUCUCCGACAACGCCUACCAGUUCAUGCUGACAGAUCGGGACAAUCAGUCCAUCCUCAUCACCGGAGAAUCCGGGGCAGGGAAGACGGUGAACACCAAGCGUGUCAUCCAGUACUUUGCGACAAUUGCGGUCACUGGGGACAAAAAGAAGGAGCAGCAGCCAGGCAAGAUGCAGGGGACUCUGGAAGAUCAAAUCAUCCAGGCCAACCCCCUGCUUGAGGCUUUUGGAAACGCCAAGACCGUGAGAAACGACAACUCCUCAAGAUUCGGGAAGUUCAUUCGAAUUCACUUUGGAGCCACAGGAAAGCUGGCAUCAGCGGACAUUGAAACCUAUCUCUUGGAAAAAUCCAGAGUGACAUUUCAGUUAUCCAGCGAGAGAAGCUAUCACAUUUUUUACCAAAUCUUGUCAAACAAGAAGCCAGAACUCAUCGACUUGCUCCUCAUUUCAACCAAUCCCUUUGACUUCCCCUUCGUGAGCCAGGGAGAGGUCACCGUGGCCAGCAUUAACGACAGUGAAGAACUUCGAGCGACUGAUAACGCCAUUGACAUCCUGGGCUUCAGCUCAGAGGAGAAAGUCUCCAUCUACAAGCUCACAGGGGCCGUGAUGCAUUAUGGGAACAUGAAGUCCAAGCAGAAGCAGCGGGAGGAGCAGGCCGGGCCAGAUGGCACCGAAGUGGCUGACAAAGCUGGCUACCUGAUGGGUCUGAACUCUGCAGAAAUGUUGAAAGGCUUGUGUUGUCCAAGAGUGAAAGUUGGGAACGAAUAUGUCACCAAAGGGCAGAACGUCCAGCAGGUGACCAACUCGGUGGGCGCUCUGGCCAAGGCCGUCUAUGAGAAGAUGUUCCUGUGGAUGGUCGCCCGCAUCAACCAGCAGCUGGACACCAAGCAGCCCAGACAGUACUUCAUCGGGGUCUUGGACAUCGCCGGCUUUGAGAUCUUUGACUUCAACAGCUUCGAGCAGCUGUGCAUCAACUUCACCAACGAGAAGCUGCAACAGUUCUUCAACCACCACAUGUUCGUGCUGGAGCAGGAGGAGUACAAGAAGGAGGGCAUCGAGUGGACGUUCAUCGACUUCGGGAUGGACCUGGCCGCCUGCAUCAAGCUCAUCGACAAGCCCGUGGGCAUCUUCUCCAUCCUGGAAGAGGAGUGCAUGUUCCCCAAGGCCACAGACACCUCCUUCAAGAACAAGCUGUAUGACCAGCACCUUGGGAAGUCCAACAACUUCCAGAAGCCCAAGGUGGUCAAAGGCAAGGCCGAGGCGCACUUCUCUCUGAUCCACUAUGCUGGCACCGUGGACUACAACAUCGCCGGCUGGCUCGACAAGAACAAGGACCCCCUGAACGAGACUGUGGUCGGGCUGUACCAGAAGUCUUCCCUAAAGCUGCUGUCCUUCCUUUUCUCCAACUAUGCUGGUGCAGAAGCAGGUGAUUCCAGGGGAAGCAAGAAGAGCGGGAAGAAGAAAGGCUCCUCUUUCCAGACAGUGUCAGCGGUGUUCAGGGAAAAUUUAAACAAGUUGAUGACCAAUUUAAGGAGCGCUCACCCUCACUUUGUGCGAUGCCUGAUUCCCAAUGAGACCAAGACUCCCGAUGGGAAAACUGAGAAAUGUGCAUCUGUAACACUGGGCAGUAGCAUAGAUCCUGAACCAUCGUUCAGUCCCCGAUUCACAACUAUUCUUAGAAGGUACCGGAUCCUCAAUGCCAGCGCCAUCCCUGAAGGGCAGUUUAUUGAUAGCAAAAAUGCUUCUGAGAAGCUUCUGAGCUCCAUCGACGUGGACCGGGAGCAGUAUCGAUUUGGCCACACCAAGGUAUUUUUCAAAGCCGGGCUUCUUGGCCUCCUGGAGGAGAUGAGGGACGAGAAGCUGGCGACCCUGAUGACACGUACGCAGGCCAUAUGCCGGGGAUACCUGAUGCGGGUGGAGUUCAAGAAGAUGGUGGAGAGGAGGGACUCCAUCUUCUGCAUCCAGUACAACAUCCGCGCCUCCAUGAACGUCAAGCACUGGCCCUGGAUGAACCUUUUCUUCAAGAUCAAGCCGCUCCUCAAGAGCGCGGAGGCUGAGCGAGAGAUGGCCACCAUGAAGGAAGACUUCGAGAGGACCAAGGAAGAGCUGGCCAGAUCCGAGGCUCGCCGGAAGGAGCUGGAGGAGAAGAUGGUGUCCCUGCUGCAGGAAAAGAAUGACCUCCAGCUGCAGGUCCAGUCUGAAACAGAAAACCUGAUCGACGCGGAGGAGCGCUGUGAGGGGCUCAUCAAAAGCAAGAUCCAACUGGAAGCCAAAGUCAAGGAGCUGAACGAGAGACUGGAAGAGGAAGAAGAGGUCAACUAUGAGCUGGUGGCAAAGAAGAGGACCCUGGAAGAUAAAUGCUUGUCUCUCAAAAGGGACAUCGACGACCUGGAGCUGACCCUGUUGAAAGUGGAAAAGGAGAAGCAUGCCACCGAGAACAAGGUGAAGAAUCUUUCCGAAGAAAUGACAGCACUCGAGGAAAACAUUUCCAAACUGACCAGAGAGAAGAAGUCUCUGCAGGAAGCCCAUCAGCAGACACUGGAUCAUCUGCAGGUGGAAGAAGAUAAAGUCAACGGUCUCAUGAAAAUAAAUGUCAAGCUGGAACAGCAAACAGAUGACCUUGAGGGCUCCUUGGAGCAGGAGAAGAAACUGCGGGCAGACCUGAAGAGAGUAAAGAGGAAGCUGGAAGGGGACCUGAAAAUAUCCCAGGAAUCCAUUAUGGACCUGAAAAAUGACAAGCUACAAGUGAAGGAGAAAUUAAAGAAGAAGGAGUUUGAAAUCAGUCAGUGACAAACCAAAACUGACGAUGAGCAAAUGCACAGUUUACAAUUACAGGAGAAGAUCCAAGAACUGCAGGCACGCACAGAAGAGCCGGAGGAGGAAAUCGAGGCAGAGCGGGCCUCCCGGGCCAAAGCAGAGAAGCAGCGCUCUGACCUCUCCCGGGAACUGGAGGAGAUCAGCGAGCGCCUGGAGGAAGCCGGCGGGGCCACUUCUGCCCAGAUCGAGAUGAACAAGAAGCGCGAGGCCGAGUUCCAGAAAAUGCGCCGGGACCUGGAGGAGGCCACCCUGCAGCACGAAGCCACGACAGCCACUCUUCGCAAGAAGCACGCAGACAGCGCGGCCGAGCUCGGGGAGCAGAUCGACAACCUGCAGAGGGUCAAGCAGAAGCUGGAGAAGGAGAAGAGCGAGCUGAAGAUGGAGAUCGAUGACAUGGCCAGUAACAUGGAGACAGUCUCCAAGUCGAAGAGUAAUGUGGAAAGAAUGUGCCGGACAGUGGAAGACCAAUUUAAUGAGAUCAAAGCCAAGGAUGACCAGCAGACACAGUUAAUCCAUGAUCUGAACAUGCAGAAGGCAAGACUGCAGACCCAAAAUGGGGACCUGAGCCACCAACUGGAAGAGAAGGAGUGUCUGAUUUUGCAAUUAACCAAAGGCAAGCAGGCCCUCACCCAGCAGCUGGAGGAGCUUAAGAGGCAACUGGAAGAAGAAACCAAGGCCAAGAACGCCCUGGCCCACGCCCUGCAGUCCUCCCGCCACGACUGUGACCUGCUGCGGGAACAGUAUGAGGAAGAGCAGGAGUCCAAGGCCGAGCUGCAGAGGGCACUGUCCAAGGCCAACAGCGAGGUGGCCCAGUGGAGGACCAAAUACGAGACGGACGCCAUCCAGCGCACGGAGGAGCUGGAGGAGGCCAAGAAAAAACUGGCCCAGAGGCUCCAGGAAGCAGAGGAAAACACAGAGGCAGUGAGCUCCAAAUGCGCCUCCUUGGAGAAAACCAAGCAGAGGCUCCAGGGGGAAGUGGAUGACCUGAUGUCGGACUUGGAACGCACCACCACAGCCCACGCCAUCCUGGACAGGAAGCAGAGAGACCUUGAUAAGGUCCUUGCGGAGUGGAAGCAAAAACUGGACGAGAGUCAGGCUGAGUUGGAAGCUUCUCAAAAAGGCUCCAGGUCGCUUAGUACUGAAAUCUUCAAGAUGCAGAACGCCUAUAAGGAAGUGGUAGAUCAGCUGGAGACCCUGCGGCGGGAGAAUAAAAAUCUGCAAGAAGAGAUUUCCGACUUAACCGAGCAGAUUGCAGAAACUGGCAAGAGCCUCCAGGAAGUGGAAAAAACCAAGAAGCAGGUGGAGCAGGAAAAGUCAGACCUGCAGAUGGCCUUAGAAGAGGUGGAGGGUUCCCUGGAGCACGAAGAGAGCAAGAUCCUGCGUGUCCAACUGGAGCUGAGCCAGGUGAAAUCCGAGCUUGACCGCAGGGUCACUGAGAAGGAUGAAGAAAUUGAACAGCUGAAAAGAAAUAGCCAGGGGGCUGCAGAGGCCAUGCAGAGCGUGCUGGAUGCCGAGAUCCGGAGCCGGAACGAUGCCCUGAGGCUGAAGAAGAAGAUGGAGGGAGACCUCAAGGAGAUGGAGAUCCAGCUGGGCCAUUCCAGCCGCCAGGUGGCAGAGACCCAGAAACACCUGCGCACGGUGCAGGGCCAGCUCAAGGACUCCCAGCUGCACCUGGAUGACGCCCUGAGGAGCAACGAGGACCUCAAGGAGCAGCUGGCCAUCAUGGAACGCAGGAAUGGCCUCUUGCUGGAGGAGCUGGAGGAGAUGAAGGUAGCCUUGGAGCAGACGGAGCGGACCCGCAGGCUGUCGGAGCAGGAGCUGCUGGACGCCAGCGACCGCGUGCAGCUCCUCCACUCCCAGAACACCAGCCUGAUAAAUACCAAGAAGAAAUUGGAAGCGGACAUAGCCCAGUGCCAGGCAGACGUGGAGAGCUCCAUCCAGGAGUCCAGAAACGCGGAGGAGAAGGCCAAGAAGGCCAUCACGGAUGCGGCCAUGAUGGCCGAGGAGCUGAAGAAGGAGCAGGACACCAGCGCCCACCUGGAGCGCAUGAAGAAGAACAUGGAGCAGACGGUGAAGGACCUGCAGCACUGUCUGGACGAGGCUGAGCAGCUGGCCCUGAAGGGCGGGAAGAAGCAGAUCCAGAAACUGGAGAACCGGGUGCGGGAGUUGGAAAGCGAGCUGGAUGCUGAGCAGAAGAGGGGGGCCGAGGCUCUGAAGGGGGCCCACAAGUAUGAACGCAAAGUCAAGGAGCUGACGUACCAGGCUGAGGAGGACUGCAAGAACAUCCUCAGACCCCAGGACCUGGUGGACAAGCUGCAGGCCAAAGUGAAGGCUUACAAGAGGCAGGCUGAAGAGGCCGAGGAGCAGGCCAACACGCAGCUGUCCAAGUGCCGGAGGGUGCAGCACGAGCUGGAGGAGGCAGAGGAGAGAGCGGACAUUGCCGAGUCCCAGGUCAACAAGCUGCGGGCCAAGAGCCGAGAUGUGGGGGGCCAGAAGCUGGAAGAAUGAGGCCUUCCUGAUGCCCGUUGCCAUGCGACGCACUGGGAGAGGGGAGGGACGAUGUUGUGAGAAAUAGUCUCCUCGCUCCUCGUCUCUCUGCCUCUGCGUGUUCAUAACCACCGUCCAUCCUGCUUGCUCAGGGUGCUUUGAGAGGCUAGCCCAAUCUGCUGUACAUAUAAAGAAAUAAGGGAUGUGAGAGUGGGCCUCCUGGCUCCAAGCAGGAAAUGUGGAGAGCCAACCCACGGCCAAGUAAAUCACCGGCUUCCUUCGCACUCAAGUAAAGCCCCUUUCGGAUAGCCAGAGCACAUUUUCCUCCUCAGAACACAGAAUUGUUUCAAAUUCACUUCCCCGGUUUCUCUCUCAACUUUCAGACAGGGAAGCUGGGCCCAUGUACAUUAAGCCCUGUGACUGUGGCUAUCCAAGGCAGGGUGGAGACGAGAUGCCCAGGGUCCCGGAUUCCCAGGCAGUGCUUUCUGCUAAGAAACUGCUUUUCCAUCCCGUCCCUCUGAGGGCCUGUGUUGUACA